AUGAAGCAUCGACCUGGUGCAAGGAACUUGAUUCCGAUACGAUGCCAUAAAGACAAGGAUGCGGCGCCAGUGGACAACGCAGGUUUCUUCAACUACGUUUUCUUCAACUGGCUGAGCCCGGUGGUGUUUGGGCUGAAGAGAAAGGACGAUUCAAUGAUCCCGUUUCUCUCCGAGCGAGAAUCCGUUACACACUGCUUCGAGCACAUGAAUGCCUGUACUGCGAAAGAGCCCACUCUUGGCAAGGCGUUAAUCAAAUCUGUCAGAGGAUUGGUAGUCGCAUAUUUUGCUGCGUAUAUGUUUUGGGUUUUGUCCCUCUUUGGAAUGUCUUGUGUUAUACUUCCUCUCUUUGUCGCGUAUUUAAAAGCUGCUCAGGUUCCGAUCCUGUCUGAUGAUGUGUCCGAUAACAAUACCUCUUCAAACUUUACUGACCCCUCGCCCGAGGACGACAUUUUCAAUUUCUCCGAUCGUCCGACCUUCUAUCACGGUCUCUUGCUUGCUCUUCUACUUUUUGCAUUCGAUUUCUUCCGCUGCAUGUGCUACACGUCCAUCUUCUCCGCCGCCUUCCGAAUCGGCCAGCGAAUGCGAGCUGGCAUCAACGGAUUAAUCAUCAACAAAGUACUUCGACUGAAAGGGGGCAAAGGUGCAAAAUCUGGAGAGGUGCUCAACAUCGUCUCUGCAGAUGGCGAUCGUCUGGUAGACAGUUCUAGAGCCAUUGGCUCGGCUGUUUGUCCGCUUCUAGGAAUUAUUCUCUGCUACGUUAUCGGCUACAUCGUUAUUGGGUGGCCCUCUCUUAUCGGAAAUGGCAUUAUUACAUUUUCCAUCCCUAUGUUCCUGUUUGCUGGAAAACUCAUGGUCAAAUACCGCGAGGAAGGAUCAGCCGCUUCAGGAAAUCGAAUCGAGCUUUUAUCAGAAAUCCUCGCUUCCAUCCGAUUGCUGAAGAUGUUUGCCUGGGAAGAUAGCUUCUUGAAAAGAGUCAAGUCUGCGCGAAAGGUCGAAGCAACUGCCUAUUUCAAGAUGAACGCUUCUGUCGUCAUCCUCUUUGGAAUCAACACGAUCAUCGCUUCUCUGGCUACAAUUGCGACAUUUAGCUCUAUGUACUACCUCGAGAUGGAGAUGCCAUCGCCUGCUCGGGUGUUUUUGAUGAUUUCAAUGUGGAACGCUGUCGCGGCCUUGCUUCGCCUUGUUCCAUUGGGCUUAGCCGCCGUUUCAAAUCUCAAAGCAGCGAUAACGAACUGCUCAGCCUUUUUGGAAUCAGAAGAGCUCAUUCCCUACGUGCAGAUCAGCGGCAACAAAGAAGAAAACGUAGCUGAGUUCAGAGAUGCGACUUUGGCUUGGAACUCUGAAGGAUCGGACUGUCUUACUGGCAUCGAUUUAUUCGUGAAGCGUGGUGAGGUCGUUUGUCUGACUGGAUCAGUCGGCUGCGGAAAGACUUCUGUCUUUGGGGCUCUUACCAAUCAGAUGUUCCUUCGAUGUGGAACUGUAAGAAUGACAAAUGACAUCUCAUUCGCGCCGCAAGAGCCCUGGCUCAUGGCUGGCACUGUUCGCGAAAAUAUCCUCUUUGGCGUUGAGUUCGAUCUAGAUUGGUAUAAUAAAGUAACCGAGGCGUGUGGACUUCUUCCCGACUUUGACCAAUUUGAUCAGAGUGAUCAAACGUCUGUUGGACAAGAAGGAAUCGCAUUGUCAGGCGGUCAGCGAGCUAGAAUCGGACUUGCGCGUGCUAUUUACAGAAAACCCGCGCUAGUUAUACUUGAUGAUCCCCUUUCAGCUGUCGAUCGGCACGUCGCAAAGCUAAUCUGGCACAGUGCGAUUCAAGGGCUUCUUCGAGCACAGAGCAUUUCUGUUUUGAUCUCUACUCAUCAGUUGAUCUUCAUUUCUGGCGCAGAUCGAAUCUACCACAUGGAAAAUGGUCGAGUUAUUGAAUCAGGCACACCAGAAUCAGUCCUCACCGAAUCUACCGAUAUUGGACAAAGGUUUAAACGUUUUAUUGGAGAAAGAGGCUACUCAGAUUUCCAGAGCGACGUGAAAACUGGCCGGACUGAAGAACGGCGAAGGAUCAAAAUGUACGAAACUGCGGAAGAAAAUACAGCAAGAAUCCGGAAGAUUAUCGACCCGAUUUCAGAAGAGCCCUCUACUGAUGAUCCAAAGGAAGGCGACGCACUCCUAAAGUCAAAAAAAGACAAGAUGAAAGAGAUUCGACCUUCAGCGACGCUUUCUACUUACAGCCACGUAAUUAUGAAAGGUUCCGGACUCUUAUUAUUCAGUUCUUAUGUUCUGCUGCAAUUUAUUAUCGUCGGCUUUGUUCAAGGAAUCAUCUUCUGGAUGGGCCUUUGGAUGUCUUUUCUUCGUGGAGACCUUCCAUUUGAAGGAAUAACAAAAGAAUCUUUCUGGCACAGCAACAACUUCUACAUGUACGGAUUUCUGGUAGCUGGUGUAGGCGUUGUUGUCGGCACAAUCGCAAAAUCCGUUAACUUUUCUCUGAUGGUCAAAAGAAUCGUUGACGAGCUUAUCAUGUCGCUCGUAUCAAAACUUCUUGAAACAAAACAGCGCUUCUACGAUGUCACUCCAAAGGGCGAAAUCAUGGCGCGCCUAAGCAAAGAUGCCGAAGAAGUCGAGACGUAUAUAAUAUAUACGCGAGAAAUUGAUGUGGUUUUGAAGUUCUACAAAUUACACGAUCGUAAUUCGCUCUUCUUCUAUCUUUUCUACUGCUCUUGUCGCUGGUUCACAACAAGAUGCGACAUGAUUUCCGUUUUCCUCACAUCAUCGGUCGGAAUUUUUCUGAUAUACUCAGCAAGCUACCCUGAUACGGACAUCACUCCAGAUAUUGCUGGUUCCAUACUGGCGCUGACACUUCAGAUUUCCGCUCUCUUCCAAAUGACCUUCCGAAUUCUCGUCGAGUCCCAUUCGCGAUUUGCUUCCGUAUCUUCCAUCCUCCACUAUACCAAGAAUCUACCUCUGGAAGAGUCGGACGCUCCUGUCAAUCCCAAGUCCGACGAAAUUUCUCCCUCUUCCCUCAUUUUCAAGGACGUGUCCCUCCGAUAUCGAAAGGAACUGCCUCGAGUCCUCCGAAAUCUGAACAUCGUCAUUAGCAAAGGAGAGCAUGUUGGUGUUGUAGGAAGAACUGGGAGCGGAAAGAGCUCGCUAUUUACUGUCUUGUUCCAUCUUUCGGAUGCAACGGAAGGAGAUGUGAUCAUCAAUGGUCGAUCAACGAAAAAUGCUACCUUGCAAGAGCUUCGAAAAUCGCUAGCACUCAUCCCUCAAGAUCCCACUCUCUUUGGUGGCACUAUCCGGUUUAACAUGGAUCCGGAGAACAAAAACACGGACGAACAAUGCAUUGAUGCUCUGAAAACAUGCGGCUUGGCCGCGAAAAUCGAAAAGCUAGGAGGGCUUGAAGGCACUCUUGAACGGGGCGGAACUAAUUUGUCCGUUGGCGAGCGACAACUUUUCUGUAUGGCCCGCGCUAUGGUCAGAAAAACAAAUAUCCUACUGUUAGAUGAAGCGACCGCAUCUGUUGAUGGAGAUUAUGAUGCGAACAUUCAAAAAGUUCUUCGCCAAGAGUUUAAAAACACAACAGUCGUUACAAUCGCCCAUCGACUGAAUACUAUUGAAGAUUAUGAUAGGAUUCUAGUCCUUGACGACGGAGAGGUUGCCGAGUUCGAUACUCCCGCUAAACUCCUCGAAAACGAAAACGGCAUUUACUACUCGAUGGUCAAUGCGUAG